UUUCCCAUUCGAGGACCCGAAACUCGACCUCCAGGGAGGAUGGCGAGGAUAUCUCAUCGAAGUUCGUGUCCUGGAUGAGAACGAGAUACCGGUUGAUGAAGUGGAGGCAAUGGAACGAGAAUUAGCAAGAUUCGAUAAAGUUCCUAGAAAGAUUGGUAUCUUGGUUGCUCGUUUCAAAGAUAAAAUUACUGCAAAAGCGGAGAAGAGAGCAAAAUCAUCCGACUAUGACAUUAUCUUAACAGAUAGUUCUAGUGUAUACUCGGAUUUGACUAACUUUGUCGAAUCAAAACAAUCCG